UCACACAGAUGGGAUUUUGAAAACAAUGCAAUGAAAGGACUGUCUACAAAGGGGUGGACAGAGAUAAGGAAGCCAGGAAAGGGUGUACAGGCACUCACAUACUGCCAGAAAAUGAAAGGUAUUACCACUGCUAAGCCUGAAGGAACAAAGAGAGAAAACAGUACUACUAGAGCCAGCUGAGAGAAGAAAGGGACAUGGAGACGGUAAGAAUUUUCAGAAGCUGCUGGGGGAUGUCUGACUUGCUCGAUGGAGCUCCACUGCCUUGCUAAGAAGAGCAGCCAGGCGGUCCUGUGUGAUGCUGCAGACUGGCAUUCAGGAGGGCUUCCUGGUGACCAGGCAGAUGCAGCAGCUGUCAAAGCUGCUCUCUGCUGCCAGAGACACUGUAUGUCGACACCCAGAGCAGCUGAGACAGAAGGAUCUAAACUUCGCCCUUCUCCAGCAUCCCCCUCCUCCUCCCUACAAGACAGUGCUAUUCAGAUAGACUCUUUGCCGCCAGGACCUCUCAACUCAGGGAACAACCAAAUAACGGCAGGCCGGAAAGUCUGCAACUGCUGCAGCCAGGAAUUAGAAACUUCUUUUACCUGCGUGGAUGAGAAUGUCAACUUAGAGCAAAAGAACCGAUGUUCCCUUUCAGCAAAAGGAAGCAGUCAUCUGGGAGACCUUGGCUGGGGAAAUCCAAAUGAGUGGUCCCAUGAGCCUGCCAUAUCCUUGAUAUCUGAAGAUGAGGAUGAUGUAAGUUCAGAAGCCACAUCUUCAGGGAAGUCCGUAGACUAUGGUUUCGUCAGUGCCAUCUUGUUCUUGGUCACUGGCAUCUUGCUGGUGAUCAUCUCGUACAUUGUCCCACGGGAAGUGACUGUGGAUCCCAACACCGUGGCAGCCAGGGAGAUGGAACGCUUGGAAAAGGAGAGCGCGAGGUUGGGGGCUCACCUGGACCGCUGUGUGAUUGCAGGACUCUGCCUGCUUACGCUUGGGGGGGUCGUUCUGUCCUGUUUGCUAAUGAUGUCUAUGUGGAAAGGGGAGCUGUAUCGUCGCAACAGGUUUGCCUCUUCCAAAGAGUCUGCAAAACUCUACGGUUCUUUCAACUUCAGGAUGAAAACCUGCACUAAUGAAAAUACCCUGGAACUGUCCUUGGUAGAGGAAGAUUCUCUUGAUGUACAGAGUUAAUUCUGGUUGUGAGCCUAGUGAGAAUCUGCAUUAGCAUUUUAUUUGAAAACAAACCACAUUUCUUAAAAUGAACAGUGCAGUUUAUUUGCUUAGCAAGAUAGGCUUAUUUCCCAAACCAACAGCCAGUGAGUGUUUUGGUUCUAUAUGUAUUUUUUAUUUAGAAGAAAAGCUGUGUAAGAUGCAUUAAGAAACUACAACCAGCUAUACCUGUCCAUCUAAAGAACUGAGAUUAACUAAUCUAUAAUGGCCAUCAGUUUCUAUUUCAAUAGCAAAAUAUUUCUAACAACGAGUGUACAAAUGAUUUCUUUUACAAGGUAUAUGGGGUAUUAUUCUUUGGACAUUAGGAGGUCCUACACACAGUAGGACCAAUUAGUAACAUUUUAUGAAAUAGAACUUAAGUACUAAUCAUAUAAUAAGGCUUACAUUUAAUUCUCAAAGGUGCUUAUCCAUUCUCUUGCUAAUUCUUUUCUUCUUUUAAAUUGGCUGAACACUAAAAUAUAGGGUUUUGAAUUUGAAUAUUUUGAAGCUUGAGGAUGUUGAUUAUUUUUUAAAAUGCAAAAACACAUCUGUUAUAUUUAAAAUUACUCCUGUGCUCAGAAGUGGUAACUAAGUCAUUAGAAUCAACUUGCUAGGAAAAAAAUAUAAAUCAUUAUAAGACUAAUCUUAAUUUAACCCAGAACGGUAGUGCCAGAUUUUAGCCAGUGUUGCAUGCUCAUUCUCUAGAUGAAGUAAAAUUAGUUGCUCAUAUAAAUUUCAUUUUCUUUUUGUGGUUUAGCCAUCAUACUGGCCACCCAGGCUCUAGAAUUCUUUCCUGGUUCUCACACCAGAGAGCCAAAGCAUAAGACGUCCAUAAUAUAUUUCCAGACAUAAACCUCUAGGCAGGUCUGAGUCAUGAUUGGCUCACACACACCCACGUGAUGUUUUGUUGUUGUUGUUUGGAGAAAUACAAUUGCAAUACAAUUGCAGCUAGACUCUUAGAGACUGUGCCUAGAAGCUGGUAUCACUUACUCUAGGCCAAGCAACAAGCCAUUGCCAUUGCCCUAGGAUGGCAGCAGUCCUUAAGCCCACAGCUGAAAAAUUAGAAGAACAGCAGAGAGAAAGAGUAAACACAGAGAUUCAGUGGGAACUGCAUCCUCACUAAAACUUAUCACCUCCUAACAGUGGUCUAAGUAUCAUUCUUCUUUUUUUUUUUAAUUUUUAAAUUUUGUUUAGAGAUUUAUUUAUUUAUUAGAGAAAGAGAGAGAGAGAGAGAGAGCACAGCAAGGCAGGGAGGGGCAGAGGGAGAAGCAGACUCCCCACUGAGCAGGGAGCCUGAUACGGGGCUCAAUCCCAGGACCCUGAGAUCAUGACCUGAGCUGAAGGCAGACGCUUAACCUACUGAACCACUCAGGUGCCCCAUAAGUAUCAUUCUGAGUUCCUCAUCCAUGCCCUCAGUAACUGUGAAAUCUUGCCUCAUAACAUUCAAACUUGCUCGAUGAGAUUCAUGAUGAGCAAAGUGGUCACAACUUUGCAAAACACAACCAGUGUCCACACUAUCUCUGUACCAUUAUGGUUCAGAAAGGAGUAGAAAAGACAGACUCAGAAAUAGCUUGCAUUUUACAGUUAAUCCUUGAGGUGUUUCCAUCCUUCCACUGUAAGAGCUGUUUGAACUUCCAUCGGUGGGGUCAUUCGUAAAGAGGACUGGAACUUGGAACUUUGGAUGGAAGGGCAGAAAUGGGGAAGUGAGAACACAAUUUCUUGAUAGAUUCUAAAGCCUAAUUCUAAUGCCUAAAGUUUUUGUUGUUUUUGAGGAUUGUGGAAUACGUGGAUGACUUUGGCUGGCAGAGUGUGUGACUCAGGACAUUUAUGUGAAUGAGUUCUUGUGGCUGUCAGAGAUUGAUCUGAUGAGUUAGAUACAUUGUGUGUUACUAAGGAUUUAAGAUGAAAUGGAAAAAGAAUCAGAGGAUACUAAAAAGGGAGAGGGCAGGCAUGUGAAAGAAUUAUUAGGUAAAAAUGAGAAAUUACAUGGACAUCAGAAAAAGCUAGAUGUAGCUCAAUUUGAAAAAAAUUGGGAGAAUAUAAACAUGAUUUUUGCUAUCUAUUGCUGGGUCGUUGUGCUUUCUGAACAAAGUUCUUGUUUUACUGUGACUCUCAUGAUUUAUGUUGAAGUUGACUUAUCAGCAGUAUAAAUUUCAUAUUCUGAAGGUCUAUAAAUUGUCAGAUUCUAGCUUGUUUAGGGAUCCUCUUUACAUGAAAGUUGAGGCAAUAAGUUAAUGAUAUCCUUGGCUGGGUGAGUAGGUCUGAGCUGUGUGUCUUUUGUAUUUUUAAAAAAUACAUUAAAAAAGUACAUGCUUAUUCUUAGAAGCUAAGUGGGAUCAGCUGAGUUUUGCUUUAUUUAUUGGUGAAACAUAGUUAAUUAGCUAAAUUGCAGACUAAACUGAAUUAAUGUACAGCCCGAUUUUCAGCUCAUGAAGGAAGACAAAUUUGAGAAUCAAGUGUUAGGAAGUUUUUCAAUUUUGUAAAACUGGAUAAAGGAGAAAAAUCUGAAAUUUUUCAUUGGGAAACAUUUAAUGAAUCUUAACAGUGCUACCAAAUUACAUACAGUUCUGAUGUGAUCUAAAGGAUACACAUAUCUCCCAUUAUAUCUAUUUGAGUUCUAAUAAGGAUAAGAUAUGCACAAGGAAAGACCUAACAAGUCAGAAUGCAUUUCUUCCUCUCCUUUCUUAAAAUUUUAAAAUUGAAAUAUUAUAAUUAAUGCUUAUUUAUUUCAACAACAUUAUUUAAAUCUGUUCACGUAUAGGACACAUCUUUUUUAAGGUUCUACUUAUGUGAUGGCAGACCAUUACUCCAAAAAGAAGCAAUUCAGAAAAUCAUCUGGAUGUCUCCUUUAAUGCUGUAUUGACAAAGUUCAGCUAACUGCCUUAAUCUGCUUCCCUCCACUAUUCAGUUGGGUAGCUCUUGUCCAUCCUACCAGUGCCUGAAUUCAAGAUGAGGAUUACUUGAAUUUAAAGUCAUGGUAACACAGGCAACAAAAACCCCCUGAACUUUAAGACUCUUUUGUUUCCAACCUGAGUCAGAGGUUUUUGGCUCUAAAUGUCUUUAUUUAAAUUUUUUUUUUAAAUUUUUAUUUACUUAGGAUAGUCACAGACUGAGAGAGAGAGGCAGAGACAUAGGCAGAGGGAGAAGCAGGCUCCAUGCACCGGGAGCCCGAUGUGGGAUUUGAUCCCGGGUCUCCAGGAUCGCACCCUGGGCCAAAGGCAGGCGCCAAACCGCUGCGCCACCCAGGGAUCCCUAAAUGUCUUUAUUUAGAAGUACUUUGGCAAGAUCAGGUGAUAAACGUUAUAGACAUUGAACCGAUGAUGGUUGUGGUCUUGCUGGUCUUGGAUCCUUCAUGGAUAUUAUGACCUUACAUGUAUCUCUUGAACAUGGUGCUGGUUGUUGUUUAUGAGAGUUUCUAUUGCUAGAACUGCAACAGCAACUUCUUUCAGAGGUCCAUGUUUAGGUCUUUAACUUUCUAUCAGGUUUCAAAAAACUAAACUCUAAGUCACUUUCCUAAUCUUAAAAGAAAGCAGCUCAUUCUUUAGCAAUGUGGUCCAAAGGAGUGAAUACCAGAAAGAAAGUUGACUUUCUCCAGUACCAACUGGGAUCUACAUGCUGCUUAUGGACAGUUUAAUCUUUCUAAUAACUUUAGUAAACUGUUCCUUUGUAGGGCACUUUAAACUGUUUAUAGUAGAGCUGAAUGUUUUCUCUGCAAUGCUGAGGGUCCUUUCUAGCCAUUUAGAGCUCCAGAAGCAGACCACUUAUUGGCCUCCUCAGAAGAAGAAUGUCUUUUCUCUAGGCUUCCCAUUUCAUAACUGAUUUAUAGUUUAGAGGAAUGUAGGACUGCUUAGUACCAUGAAAUUCUUGGUGGCUGUGGUGCUUUUAUCCAUACAACUGCUAUGCCCCUUGGUUCUAUUUUACUAGAUACCUGCCUGGUAUCAAUAUCACAUGCUUUGCUGUCUGCUUAAAAUAUCUGAGUCCAUCCCUCUCAUACUUAUUUGUUUUGGGGACCCAAUUGAACCAAUGCUCGCACAUGUCCUUUGAGGUGCAAAUUUAGACAAAGAGACUGCCCUACUAAUUGUGCCUUCGUUUUGCCUCCCAGUGUAAGGAUAGUGAUUGAGUGAGCACUAUGCCAGUGGGGUGUCAGGAAUUAGGGUCUGAACCCAAGUGGCUCUACUUUUUGUUACUUCUUUGUGACAGGCAGAAAUUCUAGGCAACAGCAUUUGAACAUUUCAGCCUUCAUAUGUGCGAGAGGCUUAUGCAAAACCUUACCUGGAUUAAUCAUCUAAAGUUAAAGGAAAAAAAUGUUCUAUAUAUUUAUUAGGAGCAGGUUUUUCAAUCUGAAGGUCAGAUUCCAUUGCAGCAAUUACUGCUACCACAAAAAUGUGGUCUGACAAAAGAGAUUCACAACCUUCACCAGUGGUUCACCUAUUCAACAAGAUUUAAUACCACCAGCUAGAUUCCACUGUGACAAACGAAUAAGACAGAUCUUUAUAGUUCUCUGCAAUGGGGUUUGACCUUUCCCAGAAUUGGGCAUAAAGAAUGACUACAAUGAAAAGAAUUAUAAUGAACUCUCACUGGCUUUACCCAGUAUAAAAGGGUUCAUAAGAAAGAGAAUUAACAUAUCAUUAUCUUUCAGCUGAUUUUCAGCUAUAUCAUUUUAUGGUUCAUAGUAUUCUAAAAUAUUCUCUCCUUCCAACUUUAUGGGCAGAAGCCUUGGGAAAUAAUUUGCCUGAUUUGUGCACUGACACUGUAAAACAUAAGAUGUUUUUUUUAAAUAUGUAAAAUUGACUUCAAAAAUCUGUGGCUUACACUUAAGAGCAUACCUGUGGUUUAUGUUUGUUAGUGUGUAAAUUUAUGUCCAAUCAAGUCUCUGUAUGUAUUAGAAGAAUGUUUAUAAUUAUAGAACUGUAAUAUCCAAAGCUAUUGUUAGAAUAAUUUUCUUAUAGGAGAUUUGGCAUGCCUUAAUGUUGACUUUAAGGACAAGAGAAGUCUUUUACAGGUCAUGAAUGAAGAAUUUAGAAUCAACCUCAGAAUGAGAUGCCAUAGUUACGUAGGUCUCUUUUGGCUGUUCAGCAUCUCACAGAUGAUUGAUUUAUUUUUUUAACUGUGCAAUUUCAGGCUCAUAAGAGUGUGGCAUAUUUAGAAUUUAUCUUAUCAUGAAUUAAUAUUUUAUUUCAAGGAAAUAUGGGCAGCAGAAAGUAUUUUCCUUUGCUCCAAGUUUUAGUAAUUCUCCUGUGUUUCAGGAAGAAAACAGCCUUAUUUUCCCACUGCCAUCUUCCUGCUUCCUAGCCAGGCUGGGAAGAAACGUUGUACAAGAAAGCAAAGAUGGAUUAUUGCUAUACAGUAUAUUUGAGAGUUUCUAUUUUGUGGCUCUCAUCGUGCUUUUAAUUUUAUUUUUCUUGCCAAAUAAAAAUAAUUUGAUGUUGAUUAUGUGUUUUAAUAUGCAAAAAGGGCAGUUAUUAAGGUUAUGGGCUUUUUUCUUAGGGCAUGUGAUGCCUUAUAUGUUAAUAGCA